CGCGGGCUACCAGAGAUUUAAGCACGCUCAGUUUUCGUCUGAACGCGCCGCGUGCCAGUGUUCCUUUCCGGUAAGGACGUGUAUUUUUUGGGUUUUUCCUUUUUUUGCCUAGGUCACGGAUUACGUUAUUUUCUCUUUCAAAAUGAAACUUACAAUAUAAUCCAUUUCGUAACAUGUGCAACGGAUAGAAGUUUUCCAAAAGCUGCAAUUUAGUUUAUUUAUUUUAUCUGCGUACAUCUUCCAAUAAUUUUUCUCACGAUGGUGGCAUGGACAAACUCGAAAAGGAGUUUCAAUAUUUUCAUAGUGACAGUGCUCGUAGCGAUCACGGGCUGCGCAUCGCAAACCAUUCAGAUAACGCCGAACGAAGUAGAACCGGUAAGAGAAGAACGGUCGAAGUACGGCGUGACGUGCUACGGUCCAAACCUCAGCGAAUUCCAAUGGCGUGGUCCCGCCGGCAUAAUAUCGCAAAGCCCGCAGUUCAGGGUUCAUUCGCAAAAGUGGGCCAUGCCGCGGAACCAGACCGGACUUCUGUUGGUGUUCGAGACGGUCAAAUCGGAGGACAUGGGCAGAUACUUUUGCACCGCGACCGGCAUGGACGGACGCGGUCAUUCCAUUAGCAUCACGCUGACCGUGACCAAAAUAUUGGAAUUUAACACGCCCGUUGAACAGAUCACUAACGAGUACACCGACUAUUUUAUCACGUGCAAUGUGAAAGGCAACUCUAAUCCCACUUUUUUGUGGACGUACAACGGUCAAACAUUAAAAGAAAAGACAUCGAGUGGAAAAUAUUCAGUGGAAGAAGGCGGACUAAUGGUGCGAAAUGUGACACAUCUAGAUUCGGGUAAAUACACGUGCAGAGCUUUCGAGACCACUAACAAGUCUAGCGUUUCCGGAAUUACAGUUAUUGAAUUGAAAGUUAGACACAAACCGGUGUUUUUGAACGAUAUGGAAAGCGAUCCCGUUGACCUGUACGUAUUCCAUUCGGACUCAGUUAAUUUAACAUGUCAGAAUUCUGCAGAACCGCCGGCAAACAUGUCGUGGAGUUUCAACGGAAAACCCUUCACAAACCCGGCCGACCACUACAUCGUGACGUUCAACAGACCGGAAAAGUUGGGAUCGUACUCGUGCACGGCCGCGAAUAGUCUGGGCAAAAUUACCAGACGGUUCAACCUGAUCGAAGGAUUCAAGCCAAAAACGCCCAGCGGUCUGUCAGUGACGAGUGUCGGCGACAACUACAUCGAACUGCAAGUGUUGCCCAACGACAAAGGCGACGAGUUGAUUGGCUACAGAGUCGAGUACGUGACGAAAGUCGUGGAACCUAGCGGAAACACUUUCGAAAGUUUUGACAUGAUGAACUUCAAUACUACCGAAGGUCCUUUCUUACUCGUCAACCUCAAGCCGAAUACCCAAUACACGACGAAAAUCCUGGCAAGGAACCGGGCCGGUUUCAGCGAAUACACCGAACCGAUCAUGGUCAGGACGUUGCCGGAGAUCGUCAACAGCGGAGUACCGGCCCUCUUCGACGGAUUCCUCCAGCAGCUCCUGACCGCCGUCAUCACCGUCUCGUUUGCGGCAAGACUAUAAACGCCCGCCGAUCCUGCAAACAUCCGCACGUCAUAAUAGAUCUAUAAUAUAAUAAUAUACACAUUCAACCUUCAUAGAUCGGAACGUAGUUUCUGUGUACAGGACUAAAGCCAUCGCGACAAACAUCUAUUCGUCUCUCUAUAUAUACGUACACACACACACACACAUACACACAAACUUACACAUUUAUAAUAUAUAAGUUAUACCUAUACAACCGGCGCUCGGUUGUGUGAUUAUCCACUCCGUUAUAGUUUUACCGGGGCACGAGAUUCCCCGGCCGCUUGUUUUAUUUUCAUCGUAAAUAUCAUAAAAUUUACGUGAAUUGCUUAUUUUGGUGACGUUUGCGAUAAAACAAUAAACUAUAAUAUCGUUUACUCUAUCGCAUAAAAUAUUUGUAUUGUUUACCGAAUCCGCGAGAACGU